AGGUUUGAAGACUUGGCGUCAUCAUCGAAUGGGGCGUGGUUAGUGUUCAAUAAUCAGACGGAUAUUUUUGUCAUUCCGCUUUAACUUGACUACUGAAAACUGACUCCAGUUAAAUUUGCACUUUUGGAACGGCUUUGGAAACAACUCGAUCCCAAAUAACCUCAAGGCAAGAUUUGAGAUGUUCUACACUUGCGGACCCAAUGAAGCUAUGGUGGUGUCUGGCUUUGGCCGGUCUCCACCUUUAAUGAUUGCUGGAGGAAGAGUGUUUGUCUUCCCAUGUAUUCAGCAGAUUCAGAGAAUCACUCUGAAUACUUUGACUCUCAAUGUGAAGAGUGAUAAAGUCUACACCCGCCAUGGUGUCCCUAUUUCUGUCACUGGGAUUGCACAGGUGAAGAUCCAGGGACAGAACAAGGAAAUGUUAGCCACUGCUUGCCAAAUGUUCAUGGGAAAGUCUGAGGCUGAGGUCGCCCAGAUUGCCCUGGAAACGUUGGAGGGGCACCAGAGAGCGAUCAUCGCACAUUUAACUGUGGAGGAGAUCUACCAGGACCGUAAGAAGUUCUCAGAGCAUGUUUUCAAGGUGGCCUCCUCUGAUCUGGUCAAUAUGGGGAUUGGUGUCGUCAGCUACACGCUCAAAGAUGUUCAUGAUGAUCAGGACUACCUUAACUCACUGGGUAAAGCCAGAACAGCCCAGGUGCAGAGGGAUGCCAGGAUCGGAGAGGCUCAGUACAAACGGGAUGCUGUGAUCAGGGAGGCACAUGCCAUGCAGGAGAAGGUGUCGGCUCAGUAUAAAAAUGAGAUUGAGAUGGCAAAAGCCCAGAGAGACUAUGAGCUGAAAAAGGCUGCCUAUGAUGUUGAGGUCAACAGCAAGAAGGCAGAGUCAGAGAUGGCAUACCAGCUUCAGGUGGCCAAGACCAAGCAGCGCAUUGAGGAAGAGAAGAUGCAGGUUCAGGUGGUGGAGCGGAGUCAGCAGAUCAUGCUGCAGGAUCAGGAGAUCAUCCGCAAGGAGAAGGAGCUGGAGGCCAAAGUCAAAAAGCCCGCUGAAGCUGAGAAAUACAAGCUGGAAAAGCUGGCUGAAGCACAGCGCCUGCAGCUCAUCAUGGAGGCUGAAGCAGAGGCCGAGUCCAUCAGGAUUAAGGGUGAAGCAGAGGCUUUUGCUGUGGAGGCAAAGGGUCGUGCUGAAGCAGAGCAGAUGGCCAAGAAGGCAGAGGCCUUCAAGCAGUACAAGGAAGGAGCCAUGGUGGACAUGUUGCUGGAGAAACUGCCACUGAUGGCGCAAGAGAUCAGCAAACCUCUCUCAGCAGCCAAGAAGAUCACGAUGGUGUCGAGUGGUGGCUCAGAUGUGGGCGCGGCCAAACUAGCAGGAGAAGUGUUGGACAUCAUGACCAAGGUGCCGUUCGCUGUGGAGAAACUGACCGGAGUCGACAUCUCCCAGGUUACAGGAAAGUCCCAGCGUGUACAUUAAGAAGAGGAGUGGAAUAAUCAUCGGAGAAGCACAGCCUUUGCUCCAUGUGCCUGCAACCGCUGUUAGUGACUCCUCACAUCGCUGUCCUGUCAAAGUGUAUUCAUGCAUGUUUCAGCUGCACAUCUCUGGUCUGUCCUCUGUCUUCAGGGAUUUAGUUUUUACUCCUGUAUGUUGUUUCUAAUUGUGUCCCUGUUCUGUUUGUGACCCAAAGCAGAAACAGAUCCAAGGGAUUGUCCAUGUUUUUUCCUUCCUGUAGGAGAGAUGUGCCUGAGCCGCCUUUGGCCGCUUACAGUUUAUAGGAAUUCCUGUGUUCUUUGGCUCUUCAGCUCCUGUAGUCAAUAUUUUAAGUACCUCCUCUUAAGUGGCAGGAAGGCAUUUGAUUUAAAUUUAGGUAAUUAUCCAAAUGUGUCUCAAAAUGUCUUAACAUUGUGAGAUUUGGUCAACCUUCCUUAUGAUGUUACAAAGAUGUUACAGAUGUCCUGCAGAGACUCAUGAGCCUCAACCCCCCGCCCCCUCCUUUUUUCUGCAAGCAUCCUUAAUUUCCCUACAGAAAAGACACAAUCUAUAGAUUAAUUUUCUUUUAUUUUGAACAAGAUUUAAUGUAGAAAAUCUUUAAUAUUAGAGCACUAAUGAAAAUGUAUUUGUGCCUUUCAAUUCACCAGAUGCUGCUGAGAUGUUAUUGUAUUCAGUGUAUUGCUAGGAUUCUU